AUUACAUUCGAAAAUGUUGACAAUUUUUUUAUAUGUAAACAAACAUUUGUUUCCAGUAUAAAUUGCUUCAACUUGUACUAAAUUGAUUGCGAAUACUCCGAAAUUCUAAACCAACCGUUUAAUGGGUGAAAGUAUCAUAGCAGAGCAGACAAACCGUGUACGGCUUGUUUUGCCAAAAUUGAGUGUGCAGACUCAAUUAUUCGAAACAAACUUUACUCUUGUGGAAGUCGCGGCACUGAAAGCUGCAUGGAUUCUGAUUGAGCCGAAAAUCAAAAUGAUUUCAAAGAAGAUCGCCAUAGACGCCUAUGCGGACAAUCCGAAUUGGAUUGAAUUAUUUCGUCAAGAUGAGAAAAUUGAUGGCACGACUAUGAUUCAUAAUCCCUUAUGGUUGUUGCAUAUUUACGGUGAUAUAAUAAAGACAAAUCUGCGUACAAAUUAUGCUGUAGCAAAGGUGGUGCGACCGGUGCUGGAAAAGCAGAUGCAUAAAUUCCUGGCAAUGCCUCAUUUAGCGGGCUUACUGGAAUACCUCAAAGCGGGUGUAAUUAACGAGCUGGAUGAUCACAUCUCACCUACUGCGCGACUCGGCCUCGAGAAAUUAAAUCAAGCAAUUCUAUAUUUUUUAAGGCUAACAGGAAAACGCGUUGGGGCACGGAAUUAAUUUAAAUUAGGACCAAUACAAAAAUACAUUAGUACGAUUUCUAAUUUUCUACUUAAAAA